AUGCCGUGCUCCAGAGUCAUGUUGGCAGUCCUGCUUCCCAUCAUCUUGCCGGUGGCCGCACUGAAGACCCAGAGCCAGCUCACCGCUUGCACUUGCAGCUGCUGUGAAGCGACGGUGGCAAAUCCCCAUUCCUUCCUUGGCAGCGCCAACGCGGCGGUAGUAUGCACACCGCUGUUCACCAUCGCAGAAGCCUCCAGCUGCCCUGCCGAGUGCAACGAUCUCAAAGCUGCCAGUGCCACAGCUUUGGCAAGGGCAGAACUCGAUAUCGAGUCUGCGGAAAGUGCGACGGACUACUCCCGCUUCUGCCUGCAGAACUGCAUUCACGAUGCUUCGAGCAAGCAAAACCUUUGCACUCCAGCCGACGACCCGACGAACCAAUCGCCUCUGAUCCCAGCCAGCUCGCUCCUAAACGAGGGGGCAGCGCAGAUGGAGAAGCCGGACAAGGAUGUGGCAAAGGCUGAGGACAAGAAGACGGAGGCCAUGGAGAACGAAGCGAAGGUCGCCAAAGUCGAGGCGUCCCUGGCUGCAGCCAACGCACGCACCGCGGCGAGCUUGGCAGUGGCACACAGCCGCGGUGACCUUUUCGAGGAGGUGAAGACGGAACUCCAGCACUCGGCAGAAAGGGCCGGUGCCUACGCUCUCGCCGCGCAGCAGGCCGCCAAGAAGGCAGAGGAAGAGGUGAAGGAGAUCAAGGAAGCCCCGGCGGCUGCUGCCCAGGAGGCGGCAAAUGCAGCCAUCAAGCAAUUCAGCCAGCAGGACGAGCUGAACAAGAAAUUCUUGAGCAACUUCAAGGCUCAUGCCACGCCAAAGAUUCCCACGACACCUGCUGCUGCAGCAGUGGCUGCUGGGCCGUAUCAUGCAGCAAUUCGGCAGGUGGAAAGCACCCAAGGCCUCUACGAGGCAAAGGCAGCACAGCUGAGCUCCGAAGCGGAUUUACUUCGCGCCAGCUCGGACAGCACCCACCACCAGAUCCAUGCAUACGAGGCGGCCGGCAACGUCCAAGCAGCAAAACAGAUCCAGACGCAGGCGCAUGACCUUCUCGUACGGUCCCUGGAGAAGGAAACCGAGGCCGCAGAGGCCAUGGACGAAGCGCGACGCAUUGGCCUGAUGGUCCCCAAGUAUGCAGCUGCAGCCGCUGAUGCAGCUGCCAGGGCUUCGAUCUUGGGAUCUGAGAAGUGGAUGCCGCCCUCGUACCAAACAGCACCGGCAAUCAACGCCAAGCGGCUUCCAUUCCCUGCUGUGCCAAACGCUCCUUCUCCCGCUAUGGCCUGGGCACCAAUGGCCUCGCCAGGAGCCUCCCCGGCCGCUUCGCCUGCCUGA